GGUAAAUCAUGACAAACUCAAUAUUAAAUUACGUCGGUGGUGCAGCAGCAGCCACAAUCACAGUUUUAGGUGCUAUUUAUCAUGACCGUGCUGUCUUUGAUGAAAGACGAGAGGGGAUUAAAACACAGCCUGGCUGGCCUUUAUUAGGUAGUCUUCCCUUGCUUAUUCAAUAUAAGCAUCGUAUGCAUGAUUUCUUAUUGGAAGGGUUUAGUCAACUGGAUGAAUUAACACUUACACUUUCUGCUCUUGGUAUACCGCGCCAUAUUGCCACAUUGGAUCCACGUAAUGUUGAACACGUCUUGAAGAACAAUUUCGAAAAUUAUAUCAAAGGACCUGAAUUUCAUGCAUCCAUGGUAGAUUUGUUCGGAAACGGCAUUUUUAACGCCAACGGAGAAGAUUGGAAGUAUCAACGCAAAACAUCCAGUCAUAUCUUUAAUGUGAAAAACUUUCGAGAUCAAUUCACAGAUGUAUUUGUUGAAGAGAUUAAGUACAUGUCUGAACAUAUCUGGGAUAAAGCUGCGGAGAAUAACCAGGUAGUCGACUUUCAUGAUAUUAUGUAUAAAUUUACAUUGGAUUCCUUCAUUUUACUUGGAUUUGGUGUUCACUUGCAUGCACAGUCGUCUACCACCAAGGUACCUUUUGCAGAAUCAUUUGAUGAGGCACAAAAGACUACCUUUUCAAGAUUCAUCAAUCCGAUCUGGCCCAUUACAGAGGGGAUUCAGCGGCUUACAAUGCCAUGGAAAGCCAGUAUGAAGCACCACUUGAACGUGGUAGAUUCUUUUGCUCGUCAGGUGACGGAGAAGCGACGAGAAGAGAUUGCACAAGGAGAAAUCCACGGUGAUUUGCUCUCUCGUUUUAUGGAUGCACGUAAUGCACAAGGCGAACUCUUAAAUAACGACGAACUUCGUGAUAUCGUUUUGAAUUUUGUGAUUGCAGGUCGUGAUACCACGGCACAGGCACUUUCUUGGACCUUCUACAUGUUGCUUUGCCAUCCACGUGUGGAGGAGAAGUUGUUGGACGAGAUUUCUACUUUUAUUAGUGAUGAGACGUUAGAGGACUCUCCCGAGUUGUAUAAUGUGAUCAAGAAUAUGACGUACGCACAUGCUGUGUUUUACGAAGUCUUGCGAUUGUACCCUUCUGUGCCGUUGAAUCAAAAGUAUGCGUUGGGCGACGAUAUUUGGCCUGAUGGUACUAAAGUACGAAAAGGUGAUUAUAUUCUGUGGUGUCCUUAUGCUCAAGGACGAUCAGAGAAAGUAUGGACGGAUGCCAAAGAGUUUCGUCCAGAGCGCUGGAUUAAUGAAGCAGGCGAGCUUGUCCGUGAGAGCGCAGGACAAUGGCCAGCUUUCCAUGCUGGGCCAAGAGUAUGUUUGGGACAGAAUUUGGCUACGUUGGAAGCACUGGUAGCUAUUAUUUUCUUGGUGAGAAAAUACAAGUUCAGUUUAAUGAAGGGACAAACGAUUACUUACCAGGUCUCACUUACACUGCCAAUGAUGCAUGGUAUGAAAGUCAUGGUGGAAAAGCGUUUAUAAACAGCGCUCCUCUCUCCAUAUAUUUUUAAUUAAAUAAAAGCCCUUUUUUUCC